ACGCAUCGCCCACCCCAUCGCACGCCUUCUCCGGUGGCCAGCGGUUUCGGACCAUUUUCUUCUCCUUCUGCCGAAUCCUUUAAAUAUCGAGAUAUCCGGUGCUUCGAGAUGGCGACUGCAACUCGCACCUUCACCCGCGCCCUGCGCACCUCGGCCCGGCCCGCCUUCGCCGCCGCUCCCCGGGUGGCAUUCCGCCAGGCUGGCCGUCGCUUCUACUCGUCGGAGCCUGCUCCGAAGAGCAGCUCGUCGGCGUGGAUCUGGGCUGCCGGUGCCGCCGCUGCCGGUGCCGGUGGCUGGUACUUCCUGAACAACCAGAGCUCGGCCACUCCCCAGGUCUUCAAGCCCAAGUACGAGGACUACCAGGCCGUGUACAACGAGAUUGCGAACCGCCUCGAGGAGAACUCGGAUUAUGACGAUGGCAGCUAUGGCCCUGUGCUGCUGCGUCUCGCCUGGCACGCCAGCGGCACCUAUGACAAGGAGACCGGCACCGGCGGCAGCAACGGCGCCACCAUGCGCUUCUCUCCGGAGGCCGAUCACGGCGCCAACGCCGGCCUGAAGGCUGCGCGGGAUUUCCUUGAGCCUGUGAAGCAGAAGUUCCCUUGGAUUUCUUACUCUGAUCUCUGGAUCCUCGCUGGCGUCUGCGCCAUCCAGGAGAUGCUGGGCCCCCAGAUUCCCUUCCGCCCCGGCCGCCAGGACAAGGAUGUCUCCGCCUGCACCCCCGACGGCCGCCUCCCUGAUGCCGCCCAGGGCCAGGACCACCUGCGCAACAUCUUCUAUCGCAUGGGCUUCAACGACCAGGAGAUUGUUGCUCUGGCUGGCGCGCACGCUCUCGGCCGCUGCCACACCGACCGCUCCGGCUACUCUGGCCCCUGGACCUUCUCGCCCACCGUCCUGACCAACGACUACUACAAGCUGCUGCUUGACGAGAAGUGGCAGUGGAAGAAGUGGAACGGCCCCAAGCAGUACGAGGACAAGAAGACCAAGUCGCUCAUGAUGCUGCCGGCCGACAUGGCGCUCGUCCAGGACAAGAAGUUCAAGGAGUGGGUUCAGAAGUACGCUGCCGACAACGACCUGUUCUUCAGGGAUUUCGCAGCCGUUAUCACCAAGCUGUUUGAGCUCGGUGUGCCCUUCCCCGAGAACACGGAGCGGUGGGUUUUCAAGCCCGUCAACGCCUAAGUUGCGGGAAUUGGAAUGAUUGAGGAGGCCAUGUUGAGGGAGAUGGAAAAUGUGGUGCCACAGUGAGCGGGCAUCCUGAUUGGGAGGAAUUUCUUGCCAGGGAGUAGGCCUCUUCAACAGAAGAAGGCGGAAGGGCGGAUGAUGAUCAGGGCUUAGUCGAGGAGUUGGCUUUGGACCAACUUGGUUGACGUAUUCCCCAACGACUAAUUCGCCGCGCUGGAGCGGGCAGGUUGCGGUCGUUCAGUGCCGCUGUAUCCCAUGGCUUCUUUAGCGUUUCCUUGCCGUGUAAAUCGGACAGCUCUUAUAGAUAGCAGCGUGGGUGUUAAUGGAAAGUCACUUUAAGAUGGCGCAACGAUCUAGUCCAACGAGAACUGUUUGAAUCAAGAAGAAUCCGCUGUUGG